AUGGCACUUUUUGUAAAUGAAGGUUGUCCUAUAAGUCAUGUAGACAAACUAACUAAAUUCCAUACAACAAAUUUUUCAGAUAGCAAAAGUUCACCACACGUUAAAGAAAAUUUAAUAGUUGAUAUAGGUGAUAGCAACCAUAGUUUACUAAUUGACGAAAAUUUAGUACCACUUAAAGAGUGCAAUGCUGAUGUAAUUUGUGAAGCAAUUAAAUUUUCCUUGAAAAAUAACGCCUUGGAUUUACAUAAACUCAUUGCAAUUGGAACAGAUAUUGAUUCCUAUCAUUACAGAAGGAUUAAUGGUGUAUAUGUUAAACUCAAAGCCAAAGUACCUGCUUUGAUUUUGGUACGUUGCCCCUGUCAUUCAUUACAAUUAGCUAUUUCUCAUGCUAUAAAAGAAGACAUUCCAAGAAAUAUAGAAUUUUUUAUUAAAGAAAUAUUUAAUUGGUUUUCUCAUUCUGUGAUUACACAAUCAAAAUACAAUGAACUCUAUUCUUUGAUGAAUGAUGGAACUGAGCCAUUGAAAUUAGUACAAUGUAGUGAGACUCGUUGUCUGUCAAUUCAGACCACUAUUGAUAGAAUUUUGAAAUAAUGAAAUGAUUUAAAGGCAAAUUUUAAUUUGGCCAGAGCAAACAAAAGAUAUUAUACAGCAGAAAUUUUGUUCUCAAUGUUUGAUGAUCAAAGAAAUUUCUUAUUUCUUAAACCUGUACUUGAUGAAGUUCAGAGAUUAAAUAAAAUAUUUGAAUCUGAGAAUAAUGAUCCUACG